UUCCUGCCCUGUAUCAUACGGUAGCAGACCAUUUUUUUUACAUUUUCAUGAUGGCGGAGGACAGUGAGUCUGCUGCCAGCCAGCAGAGCUUGGAGCUGGACGACCAGGAUACCUGUGGUAUAGACGGGGACAACGAAGAGGAAAAUGAACACAUGCAAGGGAGCCCAGGCGGAGAUUUGGGGGCUAAGAGGAAGAAAAAGAAGCAAAAAAGAAAGAAAGAAAAGACGAGCUCUGGGGGAACAAAAUCGGACUCUGCGUCUGAUUCUCAGGAGAUGAAGAACCCUGGUUUGCCCAUGCAGAAGCUACAGGACAUCCAGAGAGCGAUGGAGCUUCUGUCGUGUCAGGGUCCUGCCAAAAGCAUCGAUGAAGCAGCCAAGCACAAGUACCAGUUCUGGGACACGCAGCCUGUGCCCAAGCUAAACGAGAUAGUAACAAGCCACGGACCCAUCGAGGCUGACAAGGAGAACAUCAGACAAGAGCCCUACUCCUUACCGCAAGGCUUCAUGUGGGACACCCUAGAUCUCAGCAACGCAGACGUGCUGAAGGAGUUGUACACGCUGUUAAAUGAAAACUACGUGGAAGAUGAUGACAACAUGUUUAGAUUUGAUUAUUCGCCAAACUUUCUCAAAUGGGCUCUGCGUCCCCCCGGCUGGCUCCCCCAGUGGCAUUGUGGAGUGAGGGUAACGUCCAACAAGAAGCUGGUCGGAUUCAUCAGCGCCAUCCCCGCUAGCAUACAUAUCUAUGACACGCUAAAGAGGAUGGUUGAAAUCAACUUCCUGUGCGUUCACAAGAAGCUGCGUUCAAAGCGCGUGGCUCCGGUGCUCAUCAGGGAGAUCACACGGAGGGUGAAUCUAGAGGGAAUAUUCCAGGCUGUCUACACAGCCGGAGUGGUCCUGCCCAAACCCGUGUCCACAUGCAGGUACUGGCAUCGUUCCCUGAACCCCAGAAAGCUUGUGGAAGUGAAGUUCUCCCACCUGAGCAGAAACAUGACCCUGCAAAGAACCAUGAAGCUCUACCGGCUGCCAGAUAGCACCAAGACCCCCGGCCUGAGGCCAAUGGAGAGGCACGACGUCCGGCAGGUCACAGAGCUGCUGCAGAAACACCUGCGCCGCUUCCAGCUGGCGCCCUCUAUGGGCGAGGAGGAGGUUGCCCACUGGUUCCUGCCCCAGGAGAACAUCAUAGACACAUAUGUGGUGGAGGGAGCUGGUGGUGUCCUAACAGACUUCACUAGUUUCUACACGCUGCCUUCUACUGUAAUGCACCACCCGUUGCACCGGAGUCUGAAGGCGGCCUACUCCUUCUACAACGUCCACACACAAACCCCACUUCUUGACCUCAUGAAUGACUCACUGAUCCUGGCAAAAAUGAAAGGAUUUGACGUCUUCAAUGCUCUGGAUCUGAUGGAGAACAAGGUGUUCCUAGAGAAGCUUAAGUUUGGUAUUGGAGACGGGAACCUGCAGUAUUACCUUUACAACUGGAAAUGCCCCUCUAUGGAUGCAGAUAAGGUUGGCCUUGUGCUUCAGUAGCGUGUCUCUAUAAAUGUUCCUCACACUCCACUGAAGGGGGUUGGCAGUGAACCUAGCCUGUACCUAACCCCGGACACGCUGGUAGCCUGAGUUAGACAAUGGGAACGACUCCAAUAAAGUCCAACAGGUGAAUGGGAGACGUGCGAUAUUUGAAGCAUUCAUCCGUCAAUCGGUUCUCAUCAAGAAUGUUCACUAUUUUUCACCCGGAGGGGAACUCUUUAAUCAUCAAAAUCCUGAAUGUGAAGUCAUGCUAUGCCUGAAAUAUUCCUACACUACAGUGCUAGAGAUGCAACAUGACACCCUCAAACACACACACAAAUCUGCUAAACAGAACAAUAUUUGACCCCUAUAUACCUCCAUAAAGGGAAUCCUGGUGGUUUUUCUCUACAGGGCAUUGUUACAUGGGUCUGCAAAACCAUUCUUUAAAGGGGACCUAUUAUGCUUUUUCGACUUUUAUGACCUAUUAACGUUGUUAUAAUGAUUGAUAGUCAUGUUUAAUCAUACACAAAAAACUAUGUAGAUUUUCGGGAAACUCUGACUGUCAGCAGGGAAUACGUCGAAAUGCAUGUACGUCAUUAUUUGACACUUUAGUAUGGUUAAACAUGACUAUCAAUCAUUAUAACAAUGUUUAUAGGUCAUAAAAGUCGUAAAAGCAUAAUAGGUCCCCUUUAAAUUUAAUUUAUAUCGAAAAUAUUUUUAAUCCCACAAUCUUGUCCUGCAGUUUUAAUCUUUCUGACCAGUAAGGCUAGAUUAUCGUUACCUGUUAUGAAACUGCAAGCAUUUAUUGUAUGAAGCUGAUUGGCUCAUUUGCCUCCUCUGGUACUUGUUACACUGUGUGUAAAAAGUUUAUUUACCACAUACAGUGCUUUGGUGAGCUGGACAAGAAAAUCCCUCCUUCAGCAGCUAAUCGUUGUCAGGGGCUCUUGCAAGGAAGGAUAGAGUGGUUUCCAUGGAAGCAGCCUCACAAAUGUAGAAACUGUUCCCUUUAUCGAAACAAAGUAACCUAGUAGAUGCAUUAAGAAAAUAAUUUGCAAGGUAUCUGAGCAUGUACAGACACACACACACAGCACUACAUACACACAUGCACGCAAGAGACCAUCUUCAAGGAAAGACUCAUCCAACUGGUGCAUUUAUACAUGUUUUCUUUUUGUUAAAUAUAUAGUUAUCUGUACAUUUGAUGCCAGAUCAUAUUUAUUCCUGUAGUGAGUGUGAGGGUUGGAAGGACUGUUCCAAAGCAUUUUCCUCUUGAGUAGUAUAGAUGUUAUUGACAUUUCGAGUUUGUAAUGCCAUUUUAGAUGCUGUGGGUCCAGCGGGGGGUUUGAUGAAGAAUGUAUUGCAUUAAUAAAGCACAAUUUUUCAGUUCUUUGUUGAGCAAGGGGGUCCUUGAUGAAAAGGUGGAGGCCCGGCCUUCAAUUCUUCAAGGACGCAUUUUUUUCCCUCCCUCGUUUUAUAAAUUUGUCAUUAACCUUACCAACCUGUCUUGAGGAUCGAUCUUUGUUUUGUUGUAUAAAAUAUUCAAUGCAUUUGACCAUUCACCGAAGUCCCAUAGUCUUAGCGUUGUCUCGAGUGUCCUAUUCAGGCAAACGUGGUCAACAUGUGGAUCUGCUCAAAGCUACGAGGAUGACCUGUACACAGGCUAGCGCUUUGUCUCUAGGACUGGAUUAAAAAGCCAUGCAAUGCCUGCCUACUUCGGUGGUACUUACUUGAUGCUUUUUUUCACCUUAUACUUGAGAUACAAGCUUGUGACAUCUGCUUUGAUUACCAGCCUGUUAUAUUUGUGAAAAGGGUGCACUUAUAAAACCCAGCCCUUUAGAGCAAAGCACUGAAACCUAACUGCUCCAGCUGGUAGUGGUCUAUCGGCUCGUUUGAAAGUUGCAAGAGUUUGUUUUAAAUAGUCAAAUAACGUGAUGUAAAAGGCCAGUAAAAAAUGGGACAAAGUUUCAGUAGGCUAUUUGCUUUUGAAAGGUUAUGUCAACAUCUUAAAUUGUUUUUUUGUGUGUUGUGUAGCUAAUGGCUAAAGUUUCCCUUAAUGUGUGCUAACGUCCAGUAUUUCCGAAACAUUUCUAGCAAAAUACAUCAUUAAUGUUAAGUACAACCCUGUCCAUCAGCCAGAGGGGCCUGACAGCUGAACAAUUUUAAAGAAAUGAGGAGCAGACAGUAAUCUUAAGACUGUUGUUUCAACCUUAGUCAGCCACCCCGUCAGUGUGGCGGACUGUGAGGAGCAGUUAAUGUGAUACUUUCAAAAGGCAAAGCAAUGUUUUGUUUCGUUGAGCUCAAAUUCUUCCACUUCCUUCUCAACCCAACCUAAGUUCACUGCUUUAAAUAUUGAUCUGGCUCUGUAACAAAGUUUAAGUUUUAGGGUAUUUGUAUAACUACUCCUUGUGAAAUAUUUGUUCAUCAUACCUUUAUAGGAUAACAAGAAGGGUGCACUGAAAAUUACUACAGGUCAAAGGUUCAAAUGGGUAUAUACAGCAAGUCAUUCAGAUAGUGUAACAUGUUCAUGUAUUUGGUCAUGGAUGUCACUCCCACAGAAGUUUGUAUGAAUUACAAGCACGUCUGUUUUACAAUUCUGUAUUAUUUUUAGUCGAACUGACAACUUGACUAACUGCCUUAUUUGGAAAAGUUUCUUGUGGUUAAAGCGUUAUCAAUGAAGAACAAUAUUUUUAUUCAAAGCCACUAAGGUUUGUGAAACUCAAAGCUUGUACCAGCAUAAUUUAGACAUGGCCCCAUGCAAAGAAAGCUUACUCUUCGGCAAAGACUAGUCUGUUCAAACAGCAUGGAUAUUCGAUUGAAUAAACUUGACUUUAAAAAGA